UCUAACACACAUUCCCCUUCAGAAGGCAGCCUGGCACAGAACGCGUUUCCAUGUGUCAGGAGGUUUGGUCGCUGCCGGGCUCCGUCAGUCCGUCUCCAUGCCGGAAGUGCUGCUCUCUAAUGUGAUCUUUAAACUCUCAGGCAGCGUGCGCGGCCCCGGGGACACCGACCAUCACUCAUGGAUUCCUGGGUCCGCUUCAGCGGGCAGAGCCAAGCCAAGGAGCGGGUUAUCCGAGCUGCUCAGUAUGCCUGUACUUUACUGGGAUACACACUCCAGAAAAAUGGAGCCGGUGCUGAACUUGUGACCACUAUAAAACAACUGGAGGGCCACCUGAGCCUGGCAAGGAAAUUGUUCCGUCUUGGGAACUCUGUGGAUGCUUUGGAAUCUGCCAAACGUGCAAUCCACCUCUCCGAUGUGGUUCUGCGCUUCUGUAUAACAGUCAGCCAUCUUAACAGAGCCAUGUAUUUUGCUUGUGACAACAUCCUGUGGUUGGGGAAGACAGGCGUGUCCAAGAAUAUGGACCAGGAGAAGUGGAGUCAGCGCUCCUUCAGAUAUUACUUAUUUUCCCUCAUCAUGAAUCUGAGCCGAGAUCUCUAUGAGCUCAAACUCCUCAUGGAGGUGGAAUGCAACAGCAAGUGCUCUGCUAGCAAAUUGAGUGCUGAGAAUGGAGUAGUCCCUCAGAAAAAGCUCCCCACACACCAUCUUCUGGGCAUCCAACUUCGACUUAUCAUCCACAUCUUGAGGAACAAUCCACCGCUCCUUCUCGAUGUUUUGAAGAACACCUGUGAUCUUUUCAUCCCACUGGACAAGCUGGGUCUUUACAAGACAAACCCUGGAUUUGUUGGACUGUGUGGCCUUACUUCUUCCAUACUGUCCAUCCUGACCAUCGUACACCCAUGGCUGAAGCUGAAACCCUGAGCACUUAAGGUUUCCUUUAGGAACCUUGUUAACGCACGCAAUUCUGUAUUGAAUCUUCCUGACAUUUAAGUUAGAAAUAAUUGAAUGGGAAAAAAAAAACAA